CGACUCAGAAUUUUGUCACAAAUCUCCGAACAUAUAACAACGAAAGAGCAUCAUUCAGUUUUUCUCAAGUCGAUGCCAACUAUGCGAUCACAUGUUUUUACAACGCGAAUUCGUCGGAAAGUAAAAGCAAAAGAGAAAUACUAUCAUUAUUAAAUAAUGGCGUCGUCAAAAGGAAAAACGAGAGACCGCUCCAGAAAGAAGCGGGCAACAAGACGAAUAUUACGUUCUGAUACUCGUUCCCGAGUUAAAUCGGUACGCUGUAAACACGCCAACCCUCUAUAUCAACGGCAACUGUACGAUUCCAUCAAUAUACCUCAAUUAGUCUAUCAACUCCUUACCAUCGACAAACACAAUCAUGACGCAAGACGUUUUCCAUCUCCGAAACGCUUCGAAACACAUUGUCGAAAAACGCAGAAUGGCUCUCAUGAACGGCAAAGACUGUCAUACAAAGCGGUCGACCACCGUAAUGGUUCAGAAUCUGUACAAAUGCCGGAGUACACAAUAGAAUCUAGGCCUACAUCUACCGAUAAUCUCACGGAAGCAACGGAUGCUACAAAUAGCUCAGCACCAACGAGUUCCGCGAAUAGCAGUGUGUCAAAUGUCUCAAUGGAACGGAACGCAUUGGCGAACUCGCUCAAUAGCGCCAAAGCACUUUUCAGGAAGAGAUCUUUAGUACAGCUCAUUAACAAUUACAUCAAAGCUGGCGUUGAAGAAGGAAAGCGACAGGCCAAAAAGUACAUCUGUAAAGCAUUAUCUUUUGGCGUGAGAUCGGGUUAUUUGAUCCCGACCGAUCGACAAGGUAAUAUGCUCCGUGUGUGUCCGACUCUGGACACACAAUCUUGGAAUUGGAGACGGGCCGACGUCGAAUCUCGACAAAGACGACGCAUUGCGCGACGAGGAAAGAUGAAUUUGACAACCAUCGCCGAACGGAAAGCAAUGCGUUGCGGCAUUCCGCGAGAUAAAUUUCUUUACAGUAAUGCGGACAACAAGCAGACGGCUUCAAAAAGAAAAACACGAAAUGCUGCUCAAAAUCCUGCCAAAAGUUUAAAUACGCAGGAGAGCGACCCACGAAAAUCGCUUUGUAAAUCGUUACACGAGAAAAACAAACCGAAAGCUUUUACAAGAAAGAACAGCAAAAUUAACAAUAUGAUGAACAAUAAGCGAAGACAACACCAAAAAAAAGAUGACGAAAACAUCAAGAAGUCAAUUAAAAAACAUCGUAUGUCUUUUUCUGCUAAAUAUGCUCAGAAUGAUCGUGAACCAGUUGAGGAAAGUUAUAAGGACGUUAACGAAAAAGAUCGCAAUCAAUAUGAAAGCAAUGAAGAUAACUAUAAAAUUGAGGAACAAAAAUCGACGUCGAGUCAAGAAGACGAAUCGAGAAUGGAGAAACGAAAAACCGAGCCAAAUAUCAAUAAUAACAGGAUAGAUUACGACAGAAGAGAAAGCAGAAAUUCCAAUGAUGAAAACAAUGAUAAAAGAUCUGAAAAAGAAAGUGUCGACCAUAACAAGCAUCCUCGUCGCAAACCUAAUAUUCCCGAGUUAGUCUACAAGUUCCUUGCGAAUGAAGCUUUUGAUGAUAAUAAACGUUGUCUUGUAAACAAGUGCCGUUGUUGUGAUCAAAGAAAACAUCAUGAAGUCAUAGAUCCUAUUUCAACCAUCGACAAAAGCAUAGGCUGCAGAAUAAGGCAAAAAUGGCGCAAAGACAUUGGCAGGAUUUCGAAAUUGCACAAUGUCAAUCAGUGUUCUACCUCCAAAAAUCAGCCAAUUUCAUAUUUACAAAAAUGCAUGGAUAGAAAACGUACGAAAGAGGCAAAAAAGUAUAUGAAAAAGGCGUUAAACUUUGGUGUCGAGUCUGGCUACCUUAUCCCUUCUGAUCCUACUUAUAGAAUUCUACACGUGUCCUCAGACUUAAUGAAAAGCGAUUCGCGAAGAAACAAAGUCAAUAUUUGCGAUAUGAUUAUCUCUAAAAAUCGUGAUAUUCCGACGAGGUUCCAAAGCGAAGAUUUCCAAAAGCAAAAGAGGAUACAAGGAAGGCAAGGAAGACGAGAUCAAAGAUUAAGAAGCGCUUCGAGCACACGCCAUAAAAGCAGAAGGAAGAAGAGAAAGAGAUCUUAUAGUGGAAGACGUAAUAGAUACAACAGGUAA